AGUGUGGCUUAGAAACCUUGCCUCCUUCAGGCCCUGCAAGAGAAGUUUAUGGUCUGGCCUUGCCCUUCAGCUCCCUUCCUCUCCGAUGAGCAGUCGCCCACAACAUCAAGAGCUGGCCCUACUGAUCACACCCAUAACUGAUCUGUCAAUCUCCCGUUCUAGGUUGACUUCCAUCAGGCCAGGGCUAGACUUUUCACAAGAGGGAGGUAAAUAACCAUCAUGGCACAGAGGCAUGGGAGCAGGCAGCAGACACGGCGGCUGGAGCAGGGUGCUGAGAGCUUACAUCGUGAACCACAAGCACAAGGCAGAGAGAACAACGUUUCUGUCUGUACAGUGUCCCACUCGGAUGAGCCCAGCCAUCACGAUGAGUCCUCUGGCCUUCAAGUCCGGAUGGAAAACACCUACCAAUUAGGUCCCACCAAACCUUUCCCCGUGGCCACUGUCAAUCGUAUUUUGGAAGAUGUACUAACUACCUAUCUACAAGAAGCAAAGUAUGACCCGGAGUUUUGCAGACAAAUGACUAAAACAAUUUCUGAGGUUAUUAAGACCCAGGUCAAGCAGUUAAUGAUUCCGCGGUAUAAACUAAUUGUGACCGUUUACAUCGGACAGCGGGAUGAUCAGAGCAUAGUUAUUGGCAGCAGAUGCCUCUGGAAUCCUAAAAGUGACACCGUCUCAUCCUAUACUUUCAAAAAUCCUACUCUCUUUGCCCUUGCAAAUGUCUAUGCAGUUUACUUUGAGUGACUGAAAAAACGGUCCACGUGUCCCGAAAUCAUGAAACAGGCUGGGUGUCUCUAUCCACAAAAGUUCUACUGGCAAAAGCUGUGGGAAAGAGACAGGAUGAAGAUUUCAAAGGACUGGAAGCUUCCAUCACGCUUGUGAGGACUGGCGGAGGGGGAGGGGAGCCUAAGAAAACAGUCUUGUUUGUUCAAAGCAGAAGUCAGUGCGGUUCACAUAAACAAAAACGCCAGCUAAAUAUCGCUUUGGGUGCUAAUUUUUAUUUCUCUUUUAGUUGGAGAGCUGGAAUUCCCUGGACCACUUUUUGAUAAAGCUCUAGAAAUAUAUGGCAACAUACUCUGGAUAUAUAUCGUAUAGGAUAGGAUAAUUCAAUGACACACAAAAAUGGCAAAUGUUAAUAGGUUUCAGUGCUGCAUAUAAAAUAAUACUGGUUUUCAUUUUACAUUUAAUAAAUUGAGUGGCAUUCAUUAGCUGCAACUGCUGUUCCAUGUACCUGACAGUUGAAAGUGCUGACAUAGAAUUAAUGAUUUCAUAAUAAUUACCAUGGUCCCAUGGGGCCACUGGCUAAAUCUAGAUGCUCUUGUGGGUUGUCUGCACUUUACAAAAUUACAAGAGAACUGAACAUUGGCUCUUCAAUAAUGGAAACUAUAAAGUGGAUACAGGCUUUUAAGGACACUAAAGUAGGCAUUGUGCUAUUAAAUAUACAUGAUGCUUAAUACUAAAUGCGCCCAUAGCACCUAAUAUCAUACAUCAGGAAGAGACACUACCUUUAAAUACACAGUGCCCAUGUGCUUUUGACUAGUUCUUCCUGACCUACCUUUUACCCAGAACACAAAGCUGGCAGCUUAACAAAUAAAACAUGUGUGUUUGC